AGUGAUAGCUUUUUUCCAAUUUUCUCAGGUUGAUCACCUCCGCGUGGCCACCCGGUCCAUGUGGCGUCAGUCCCUCCGCGCAGAUCCCGGAUGGAGCGGCCAUUGGGCGGAAGUGAACAGAGGUGCACAAUAACUGCGGGCUGGGAAGAGGAAAAAAUAUAUAUACACUUUGAAAUAAAUUUACACUCGGCGUGUGACAACGUUGGAUUAAACCCCAAAACCGCAGAGCCUCUGAUCCUCUCAGAAACAUCCUCAGGCUGGACUUUUAGUGCGCUCGAGAGGACCGGAUCGCCGAAAUCAAGUCGUGGAACUUGCUGAAAAAAGCGCAGUUCAGCCUGCACGGAGCCGAGAGGAACCCACGGGCUUCGGGUUACGCCGAGCACCCUCGCUGUUGCUUCUUUUUUCUUUGCAAGACUCUUGCUGAAUCUAAAGAGGCCCUCUUGAUGAAUUAUGUCUACCACCAGUAUUGACCCACAGACAUCCAAAGGGCAAGACGCUAAAGUGCAAAAUGGCUCUCUUCAUCAGAAGGAAACGGUCCACGACAAUGACUUUGAACCAUAUCUCACUGGCCAGUCUAAUCCGAAUAACAGUUACCAAUCAAUGACCGACCCAUACCUGUCUAGCUACUAUGCCCCCUCGAUUGGGUUCCCGUACCCCCUCAGCGAAGCCCCCUGGUCCACUGGCGGAGAUCCGCCAAUCCCGUACCUCACUCCUUACGCCCCCCUCAGCAAUGGGGAUCAUCACUUCAUGCAUGACACUGUGUUCGGACAGCCAGGGGGUCUGGGCAGUAGCAUCUAUCCACACCGCUUUAACUUUUUCCCUGAAAACCCAGCAUUUUCUGCCUGGGGUACAAGCGGCUCCCAGGGCCAGCAGACUCAGAGUUCUGCUUACGGGGGCAGUUACAGUUACCCGCCCAGUUCAUUAGGUGGCACCCUGGUACCCGAUGGGCAAACGGGCUUCCCAAGCGACACCCUGAAUAAGGCGCCCGGUAUGAAUAGUUUAGAGCAGGGUAUGGUAGGGUUGAAGAUUGGCGGUGAUAUGACUGGAGGUGGGUCCGGAGUGAAGACGGUGGGCUCGGUGAUCGGUGGAGGGCCGGUGGCCACGGGUAACGGCGGGACUCCAAUCGGGAUGCCGCCUCCCAAACCCACGUCCUGGGCAGCCAUUGCGAGCAAACCGGCCAAGCCUCAGCAACUGAAAGUCAAGAGCAAGCCGGGGAUGCCCAUGGCUGGAGGCACCCUGCCCCCACCACCCAUCAAACACAACAUGGACAUUGGCACCUGGGAUAAUAAGGGGCCUGUGACUAAAGUGGCCUCACCACUGCCACCCCACCACCAGCAGCAGCCUCUGCUCCACUCCCAGGGUCACCUACCGCCUCACCAUCACGGGCUCCCGCCCCCACCUCAGCCCCCUAUACCGUCUGCCCAAUCACUUGCUCAGCAGAUGGCGAUGCAAGGUCCGCCCCCUCCACAAAAUGAGCCUAUUUUCAAAAAUAGUGGACUGCAGGAAAGUGGAUCUUCUGGGCCAGAUUUGAGGAUCCCUGACGUAGACUCACAGGCACAACAAACAGAGCCAAUUCUGAGAGAAAUAAAGCACACGAACCUAGAGCCUGCUCCUCUCCAGAACCGAUCCCGACUUGAUCAAGAACGCCAGAACCGAAAUAAACAAUAGAAGGCUGCCCCCUACAUAUGAUGAGCAGUUGUUUUAGGACUGACCAUUUGAAAAUUAAAUUUAAAGAGGACACAAGAUGAAAUAUAAAAAAAUAAACAAUCAUUAUGUUUUUCUAUUUAAUUCUGGUGACUUCAGCCAGCAUCAGACUCGAGCCUCUGCGCCUCCGGCUUCACCUGUGGGGGCUGAAGUCGAUUAGCACCUCUCAACGUGGCGUCCUCAUUUUGAUUUCUUUUUUUUCUCUCUCUUCUUUUCUGUCGUUUGGUAUUGUUUUCAUACACCUCCCUCCCCCCUUUGACCAACUGAUAUCUGCACAAGUCUUUUAUUUCGUCCUAUAUUUUUGUUUCUUCAGCCCCACUGCUCCUCAUCAUGCCCUUCAGAGUUGGUUAAAUGAGUGGGUAGUGAAUUCUGUGAUGUAUGUAUGUGUGUGUAUCAGGAGGGAUGAUGGUGGUGUAUGUUAGUCAUGUGAUAUGGCAGAGGUAAGGGAGUGGGGGGUGUUCAGAUUCGAUCUGGUUUUGGGGGACAUCUCCAGCAUCAGUAACUGUAAUGGGCCAGUUUUAUGUUCUGUAGAUCCAGAGUGGUUUGAACCCAUUUGUGGAGAAUCGUGCAACUGCAUAGAAGGGACGAUGACAUGUCUUGACAAGAUAAUGUUAUAAAAAAAAAAAAUAAUAAUAUUUUUGAAUUAUGUAACACUUGACAUUUUGUUCAGUGACAAGCCACUUAUGUCACAGGUUUUGUUUUUUCUUUUCUGUUUUUCCUGCUUGGAGCCUUAACAUUUUAAAGCUACGGAAACCGUUUAAUAAUGGCUGUUCUAUACCUCAAUUGAAACAGCGUUAUCAGGGAGACGACAUCCCAUGCAUCCUUAACCAAGGGAAGUCAACAUUGUCACUGGCUGGACUAAAAACAAAACAAACACAAAAAAAAGGAAAGUAAAAGUAAUGUUUUCAUUGCGGUUCAGAUCCUAGUGCUCAGACUCUGUUCACAUACACACUUAAUGUUUAAAGAGCAGAAAUGUAACUACUUAUUGUUCCAACCCCGCCCAGCAGAGGUCGCGGUUUCUUUAAGCCAAUCUGAGAGAUGUAGCAAUUCAUUGCUUUUUAUUUGAAAUCACUUUAGAUACAUCACCUUUUUUUUGUUCUUUGUCCUUUCUUAUUUCAGAUUUCAUUUUAUCGCUUUUUUCCUCCCCCAUGUCCUCAGUAUAUUGCUAAGCUUUAACGUAGGAUCAUAUAAUUAUAACAAUAACGAAGAACGCCUCAAAUGUGUAACCUGAAAAUGAAUGUUACUAAAUUACUGUUAAAAGUAAGAAAACAAACAAAAAA